UUGACGAACACAUAUCACGUGAUCCUCGGUUGAUUCUGGAAUGGCUUCCUGCAUGUCUCUAGACGUGACAAAACAUGGAGAAUUAUAAAUUGCGGCGUAAUACAGUGAGACAGCAUUACAAUUUAGUCAUCCGUAGACAUACCCGAAAUAAAUAUAGGACAACAACGAAAACGAGAAAAGUAAAAAUAUUAAAAGGAAGUCAAGAUGUUUAUAUUUCAGUUACCAGAAGACAUGCUGUAUCUCAUCCUUUCCUAUUUGGAUUGCAAAUCUCUCUGCCGGUUUUCUCAAUCUUGCAAGAAAUUUCACUACUUCACUAACCGUGAUGUUGUCUGGAGAAGGAUAGCCAGAAAAUGCAUCAACAGUGGACUCACAAGAGAAGGAACGGAUAUCUACCCGCAGCUGGCGCUGAAGGACAGGGUGAAGUUCUCGCAGCACUGGCGCGACGGCCAGUGCCGGAAGGAGGUCCUGCUGAAGUGGAAGACAAACUUGUUGCCAUGGAUGCAGCUGGACGGGGACGUGCUGUAUCUGUCCCAGGCGGCUGACAUCGGGGUGCACUACCUGCGGGGGGGCGGGGGGGGCCCCAGGCGCAGGUCUGCGCUCCUCCGCACCGGCCACAGCCAGGACGUGUGCAGAUUCGUCCUGACGGACACCCACCUCAUCAGCGCCGGAGGGGAUGGUAAGAUAAUUAUCCAUCACAGGAGGAAUUCUUUCUGGACGGAGUGCUGUGGUCAUAAGCAGGAAGUGAACUGCAUGGACAGUAAAGGCGGGGUCAUCGUCAGCGGCUCCAGGGACAGAACCGCUCGGGUGUGGAGCCUUUCCCCAAGCCAACUUGGCGAAUGCUUGCACACAAUCCAGACGUUUGACAGGGUUUGGUCUGUAGCCAUAAGUCCAUCACAAAGCUUGUUUGUUACUGGCACGGCCUGCUGUGAGAGUGUGGCACCUCUGUGCAUCUGGGAGAUAGAACGGGGCCAGAUGGUGUCCUGCCUGGGCACGGAGUUCCGUCGCGGCGCGGGGGUGCUGGACAUCGCCUUCGAGUCCCCCUUUCAGCUCCUCACCUGCGGCUACGACACCUUCAUCAGAUACUGGGACCUCCGAGUCACCUCCAGGAAGUGUGUCAUGCAGUGGGAGGAGCCUCACGAUAGUGCUCUGUACUGUAUCCAGACCGAUGGAAAUCACAUGAUUGCCAGUGGCUCCUCCUACUAUGGAGUAGUUCGUCUGUGGGAUAUGCGCCAGGCUUCCUGUUUGCAGAUGUUCUAUCUGUCGUCGGCCACGAGCAGCCCGGUGUACUGCCUCCGCUUCAACGCCUCUCACCUGUACAGUGCCCUCGCCACCUCCGUCUGCGCGCUGGACUUCAGAGGACCGGCGACAGGGGGGCUGAGAUGAUACCCCCCCCAGCCCACUCUGCCCCAGCCUCAGCACCCUCAGACUCACCCCCUCUAAUGCCCCCACUCUGCCCCAGCCUCAGCACCCUCAGACUCACCCCCUCUAAUGUCCCCACUCUGCCCCAGCCUCAGCACCCUCAGACUCACCCCCUCUAAUGCCCCCACGCUGCCCCAGCCUCAGCACCCUCAGACUCCUCACCCCUCUAAUGCCCCCACGCUGCCCCAGCCUCAGCACCCUCAGACUCACCCCCUCUAAUGCCCCCACGCUGCCCCAGCCUCAGCACCCUCAGACUCACCCCCUCUAAUGCCCCCACUCUGCCCCAGCCUCACCCCCUCUAAUGCCCCCA